CACGCGAUUUAGCCUGCGUCCGAAAUACUGCACACUGUACGCGUGGAGUGAGUGUGCGGUGAUCAAUAUCGACAGUUUCGUGGCUCACGUGCUUCGAAGCUGAUAGUGUAUACUUUAGUGUCUUUGAAGGGAAGAUGAGCGCGGAUGUGGAGCGUGUGUUGAUCCAGCUCCAGGAUGAGGCCGGUGAGGUGCUCGGGUCUCCCUUUGAUGUGCCGCUGGACAUCAGUCCGGACAAACUGCAGCUGGUCUGCAAUGCGCUCUUACAGAAGGAAGAGCCGGUGCCUUUCUUGUUCUUUGUGAAAGAUGCAGAGCUGGUGUCGUCUCUGGGCUCCUGCAUUCAGACAUUGGGUCUGGAGACGGAGCAGGUGCUACCGGUGGUGUAUCAGCCACAGGCUGUAUUUCGUGUGCGGGCUGUGGCUCGGUGCACCAGCUCUCUGGAGGGCCACACUGAGGCCGUCAUAUCUGUGGCAUUCAGCCCGACUGGAAAAUAUCUGGCCAGUGGAUCUGGAGACACGACAGUGAGGUUUUGGGAUCUGAGCACAGAAACACCACAUCACACUUCUAGAGGACACACACACUGGGUUUUGUCCAUUGCUUGGUCUCCAGAUGGAAAGAAAUUAGCAUCAGGCUGCAAAAACAGUCAGAUUUUCUUGUGGGAUCCAGUCACAGGCAAACAGAUUGGAAAGACUUUGACAGGACAUACAAAGUGGAUCACCUGGCUGUGCUGGGAACCUCUCCAUUUAAACCCAGAGUGUCGCUAUUUGGCAAGCACCAGUAAAGACUGUACGAUUCGCAUAUGGGACACUGUUUUGGGUCACUAUGACAAGAUCCUAACAGGACACACACACUCUGUGACGUGUGUGAAAUGGGGAGGCGAUGGUCUCCUCUACACAUCAUCUCAGGAUAGGACUAUUAAAGUCUGGAGAGCCAAAGAUGGUGUUCAGUGUCGUACACUGCAAGGUCACGCUCACUGGGUGAACACACUGGCCCUCAGCACUGACUAUGUCCUGCGUACAGGAGCAUUUGAACCCGCGAACGCAACCAUAAACCCUCAGGAUCUCACCGGAUCAUUGGAAGAGAUCAAGGAAAAGGCUUUGAAGCGCUACAACAGUGUCAGAGGUGAAGGUCAUGAGAGGCUGGUUUCUGGAUCAGACGACUUCACCAUGUUCUUAUGGAACCCAGCAGAGGACAAGAAGCCGGUCGCUCGUCUAACAGGUCACCAAGCAUUGGUCAAUGAGGUGCUCUUCUCACCCGACACACGACUCAUAGCCAGCGCUUCCUUCGACAAGUCCAUUAAGAUCUGGGAUGGAAAAACAGGAAAAUAUCUGAAUUCACUGCGGGGCCACGUCGGGCCUGUGUACCAGGUGGCAUGGUCAGCAGACAGUCGCCUGUUGGUCAGCGGCAGCAGUGACAGCACUCUGAAGGUGUGGGACAUCAAAACGGGAAAACUGAACGCAGACCUGCCCGGCCAUGCUGACGAGGUUUUUGCAGUCGACUGGAGUCCUGAUGGACAGCGAGUGGCCAGCGGAGGGAAAGACAAAUGUUUAAGGAUAUGGAGGAAGUAAACCAGAGAACCCAGCGGCCCUUGGCUCUACACACAACAGCCAAUCAGGCGUCUAGAAGCGUCGCCCCCACAGGACAGUAAACAGCAGUGUCAGAGUAUUAAGCCGUCACCUAUUUGCCCAAAGAAAAACGGCUUCGACAGCAUCACAAAAGCUGACAUAUAAUGCUUUCUGAUGCCUGAUAGCAGGAAGAUAAAACGGCCGAUACUCCAACUCAAAUGAGCAGUUGCCCUGUAGAAGUGCCACCGAACUGACCCACUCUAAUCUGUGUAAUCUUUCUCACACACACAUUCUUUGUAAUUAACUUAAUCCCUAAUGCUGUGAUACAGGCAGUGUUAACCAGGUCUGUCUGAGGGCUGGGAGAUAACCAGCGGCGUCACAGUGGGCCGUGUUACGUCAGCACAGACGUUUUCUCAUUAAGAAAAAAAAAAAAGCAGUUAAAGGGUUUUUAUGGGGUCCGUGUUGUGCGUUUGUGGAUUUCUUAUCUCGGAUUAACCACUGUAGGGUGUCAAACGUGCUUUGUUGUUUGUCAAACAGCACAUGUAUGACGUAAACAGUCUUUAAGAAAAGACGCUGCAGGCGAAUAUUAAAAAAGUGGACAAAGUUUGCGUCAUACUUCCACAGUUGUGAAUUGCAAAAUUUGCAGUUCAAAUAUGCAAAUGAGGCACUGCUUCAUUAAACGCAUGUUUCUAGCACAAAAAUAUGAAUUUUGGAUUAAGUUAGGUUUACAAUACUGUUGUCGACACAUUAGAAUCUCUUUCAUCAGUCCAUAAUUCAGAAAAUUGUAAGAAAAGCCAGAAAGGAAUUUCAUUUUCACAAUCGGUUGUACAAUUAAAUAUUGUAUAUAAUCAGCCAUAUUAUGAAUGAACAUAUCCCUCUGUAAAAGCCCUUUAGAAUUUAAAUAUGAAUAAAACUGUAAAGUUUGGUGUAUGCAAUAAAAAAUGAAGAGGUUUUGCUC